AGACUUAAUAAUGGUUUGAAAAUUUGCAUAGGAAUUAGUGUUUUUAAGUUAUUAACUAUAUGCUUGUUGUUUUGCAGGUUUAUGGUGGGAAAGGUGAACAAACACACAGGCAAAUCCAUUUGGGUGGUAGUGCUCAACAGGUAGCACUGGCAAAGCAGAGAGUUGAUGAAUAUGUAUAUUCUCAAUUGAUACAAAAAGCUGGUGGUCAACUGUCAGUUAGUCAUGAAGCUGGAAUGGUGACGACACUUCCUCCAGCAUAUGCAUCAGCUGCAACGCUUCCUCCAGUAUAUGCAACCUACACUUCAAGCACAGCAAAUCAACCUGCUCCUUAUUUUGGUCAGUCUUUUCAUGCUUCACCAGUAUAGGUAUGUAUGUAUGAUAAUUGAUAAGGGCAUUUUUCAUGUGGCCUUUGAUUUUCAUCACACUAGGGUAAUUAUUGCGGAUUUUGUCUGAAAGUUAUAUUUUACUAUAGUCUUGUGUAUUCUAGGAUUGGCUUUUAUGCAUAGUGUAAUAGGAUUUGGAUUUUCUUAUGAGGAAGGCAUGUUUCUUUUGUUAAUCCAAUCUCGUAUAGAUUGAGUUGGUGCAAGGUUUUGAAUUGAAAUUGGUGGAGUAGAAUUCUUUCUUCAAGAUUCUGCUACAUCUAGAGACGGUUUUUUGUUUUUUUGAAAACUUGGGUUAGACUUAGAGUGAUAGCAAGUGCUAAUCUGUCUAAAUGAUGUGUGUGGGAAUCAACCUUUCUAUAAUGGGAUCAAGAUUG